UCUUGUCAAUCAACUAUGAUCAGUAUAAAAUUGUACGAAUGCAGGCAAACAUUUCAAACCAGUGAACGCAAUAAAAUAAAUAAAAAUAAUGAAAUCUUUUUUAAUACUAAUUGUGGGUCUUAUAUUGACCUUAAAUACAAAUGCAGCAAGAGCAAAUGAAGCUCAACCGGACGAAUUAAAACUGCGCAAUCAAUUAUUUGCCGAUGUUUUUCUUCUAAAGGAAGGAGUAGAUAAUCUACAAAUAUCCGUAGAAGUCUUAAGUAAAAGAUACACCAAUCAAAUGGAAAUUCUCAAAAGUUUGCAAACCAAAUUUCUGUUAGAGGAUUCUAAUGAAAAAGAUGAUGUUUGUGAUACAAUCACGGGCAUGUUUAAUGCCACCUUUAGAAAGUAUAAUGCCUUCGAAAGUCGUAUCAUAACAAAACUGGAUGAGAUACAAGAUGAGCAGGGUACACGUUUAGAUGAGAUAUUGUUGAAGCAAAAAUCAAAUAGAAAUUGUGGCUCUAGAGGUGAUAGCUCAACAGCUGUGUCUCUAAUGUCUGAGACACUAACGGAACUGAGUGAAAAAAUGAAUACGUUUGAGGAAAAGUUUGCGAAAUUGGAAACAUUCGAGACACAAUUGAAUUUACAGCAAAGCAAAUUUGACAAAUUUGUAGAUAAUCAAAUGAAAAUUUUACAGGAAAUCAAUGAGAAAUUAUCUAAAAAUCAACAGCAAUUUGAUAAGUUUGGUCAAGAAUUGACCAGUCUCAAAGAAUUAAAAAAUAAUGUUAAUAAAGUCAUAUCGAGUCCACGUCCCAAAUUGCCCAUGGAAGUGAUUUUAGGUUUAAGUUCUGCCAAUAUAACAUCAUUGAAAUAAUUUUUGUUGGUUUCAUAAGACAAAAAAAAUAAUAAUCAAGUUUAUUAUUAUAUAUUUAUGUGUGUAUGUAUGUAUAUAGAAAUAAGAAUAAAAUAUGUAUUUUAAAUCUUCUAAA